AUGACUUUUUUGCACGUCUGUCACAUAAUAGGAACUGAAUCUAUGACUUUUUUGCACGUCUGUCACAUAACAGGAACUGAAUCUAUGACUUUUUUGCACUUUCUCUCUCUCUCUUCUCUCCCACUUCUCUCUCUUCUCUCCUACUUCUCUCUCUCACGGCUCUUCUCUCUCUCUCCCACUUCUCUCUCUUCUCUCCUACUACUUUCUCUCCCACUUCUCUUCUCUCUCUCCCACUUCUCUCUCUUCUUUCCUACUUCUCUCUCUCCCACGUCUCUUCUCUCUCUCCCACUUCUUUCUCUUCUCUUCUACUUCUCUCUCUCCCACUUCUCUUCUCUCUCUCCCACUUGUCUCUCUUCUCGCCUACUUUUAUCUGUCCCACUUCUCUUCUCUAUCUCCCACUUCUCUCUCUUCUCUCCUACUCCUCUCUCUCACGUCUCUUCUCUCUUUCCCACUUCUUUCUCUUCUCUCCUACUUCUCUCCCUCUCACGUCUCUUCUCUCUCUCUCACUUCUCUCUCUUCUCUCCUAUUUCUCUCUCUCACGUCUCUUCUCUCUCUCCCACUUCUCUCUCUUCUCUCCUACUUCUCUCUCUCCCACUUCUCUUCUCUCUCACUUCCACUUCUCUCUCUUCUCUUCUACUUCUCUCUCUCUCGCACUUCUCUCUCUUCUCUCCCUGCUCUCACACUUCUCUUUCUCCUCUCGCAUCUCUCUCUCUCUCUUCUCUCUCUUUUCCCCUUUCUAUCGCAAUUCGCUCUCUUCUCUCAUCUCCGUUCUCUCGCACUUCUCUCUCUGUCUUUCUCCCUUCUCUCUUACUUCUUUCUCCUCUCUAUCCCACUUCUCUCCCUUCUCUCUUACUUCUCUCUACUCUCUUUCUCAUUUUUCUCUCUUCUCUCCCUUCUCUCUUACUUCUAUCUCCCUUCUCUCCAAUUUCUCUUUCUUCUCUCCCUCACUUCUCUCUCUCUUCUCGCUCUUCCCUUCCUUCUCUCGCAAUUCUCUCUCUCUUCUCUCUUUUUUCUCCCUUUCUUUCGCACUUCUCUCUCUCUCUUUCUUUUCGCUUGUGGAACUCCUCGAGGUCGUCUCUAUCUCUCUCUCUCUUCUCUUGCUUCUCUCUCUUCUCUCUCUUGCACUUCUCUCUCCCUCUUCUCUCUCUCUCUUCUCGCUUUUUAUCUAUUCUGUUUCUAUCUAUCUAUCUAUCUAUCUAUCUAUCUAUCUAUCUAUCUCAUUCUGUUUCUAUCUAUCUAUCUAUCUAUCUAUCUAUCUAUCUCAAUGAUAUGAUCUAUCUAAUUGUGCUCCUAUCUAUCUAUCUAUCUAUCUAUCUAUCUAUCUAUCUAUCUAUCUAUCUAUCUAAAUCUCGUAUCUAUCUAUCAUCUAUCUAUCUAUCUAUCUAUCUCAAUGAUAUGAUCUAUCAAAUUGUGCUCCUAUCUAUCUAUCUAUCUAUCUAUCUAUCUAUCUAUCUAUCUAUCUAUUUAAAUUAUGAUCUAUCUAAUUGUGCUCGUAUCUAUCUAUCUAUCUAUCUAUCUAUCUAUCUAUCUAUCUAUCUAUCUAUGUAA